AUGCGGUACCGGCGCGGGUGGGUCCGCCGGGGCACGGGAAUCACGCCCAUGUACCAGGUCGCCCUCGCCCGCGCCGUCUGCGGCGACCCGGCCGACGAGACCCUGCGCGAGAGGAUGCCGCAGCCGGGGCAGGGGUGCAAGGUCAUGGUCUGGCCCGCCGGGCAUGUCCCGGGGGCGGCAUCCACCAUGGACGACGACGUCUUCGUGUUUUAG